AUGACCGGUCAGAAAGCAAAUGUGAUUUCGCCGGCUCAGCCCAGGAACGAUCAAAGCCCGGUGACGGCUGCACAACACUUUUGGACGGCCCCGCUACUCCAGCGAGGCAUGCUUUUCAGCUACGACGGCAAGUGGUUCAUGUGCUUGGGCUCGGCAGCAGCGGUGGUGUAUGCUGUGCAGCUCAUCGAGACAGGCUUGACCACAGCCGGAAGCUUGCCACCUCCGCCAGAAGAUGAGACUUGCAUCCAAGCCUCUCUGCCCGCCGUGCAGAGACGAGACGCACUCGUCGUGAGUGACGAAGUAUGUUUGCUCCACCUCCCUCCUGAGAGGUCUGCUCCGGUCACACUUGUGGUGCAGUACAACAAGGUGCAAGUGCAUCAGUACUCGCUGCACUUCUGCGACGCUGACGCCAGCGAAAGUGUCGGCAGCAACCUCAUCCUCAGAAGAAGCUUGAAGCCUGACCCAUUGCUUGUGGCCUUGAUGCGGACGAAAGGCAUCGUGAAGCUCACGGUGGAUGGGCUUGCUAGGUUGAUGCAAGAGCACCAGCUUCCUGCACGGAAAACGAUGACGAAGAGUGCCCGCAUUCGGGAGCUCAUGCGGCUGUCCGCCGUGAGGGACAGCCUGGCUUCGGAAGAGCUAGGUGAGCUGGAGACCUUGCUCACCAAGAUGGAUGAACGCAGGCUCAAACGCACGGCAAAAGAAGACGAAGACGAGGAAGCUGAGGAUCCUGAGGAAUCCACGGAUUUGCAUGAUGCCGAUCCGGCCGUGGAUGCAGCACGACAGAUGCUG